AUGGCUGGGGAUUCUCUGCACCCUCCUGGGUUGUCUCCGCAGCUGGUGGUGGCUUUUGCCUGCCUGCUUCUGACUUGUCGCGCACUGAGGGGACAGGUACCCUUGAGUGGGAACGCAUCCCACUGGGGGCUCUACCCCACUCCCUGGGGAGCACUUGAUGGUAGUAGCCACUAGUACCCUCGUAUCCUGGUCGCCAAACCUGGGUUGCAUGUGCCUCAGGGCCGCUCAGUUUAGCUUGACCCACUGCAGGACUUGGUGAAUCAAGUGCAGCCAGCGCACCAGUGUGAGGUGACAGCGCUGGAAAUGCCGCGGCUUUAAGGCGCGCUCUCCCCAUGCCACUUUCCCUGCGACUUUGGGGGCCACCAGGUCAGGUACACUCACUUCGGCUCGCCCAGCGCCACAAGCUCCCGGGUGCAGUUGCAGCUGCGAUACAAUACAGGAAAUUCCACGCUGGUACUGCCUUUCACUCUGGAUGUGAAUGUUGUCUUCUCCAAGCUCCAGCUGGUGACGCACAACAGGCCUUUGAAGGUGUUUAAACUGUGAGGCUGCAGCCAUGACAUUGACAGGAGGGUGCUAGAUUUUGCCUCCAGGAGUUUGCUUCUUCACCCUGGUGGACUACUCCCCAAGUACAGGCACUUGGUGGACGCCGCUGGGACCCCUCUCUCAAAGGGCCAUCUGGUCGACUGUGAGGCUUUUGUCCAGGCUGGGGUGCGCUAACAGCACACUGCCACUCCAUCCUCACCCAGCAGGGACUAUGUGCCUAUGAUAGUAGAACUUCUAGGGCCGGAGCCCCAAAGUACUGGGUCAGUGGAAGUGCUGGUCCAGGAGUACUUCCAGCACCCAGGCCCGUUUCGGGGCUCUAUGAUAGUGGAAGUUGAUCCGUCCCUACUUACAGCCCUGACUCCUGAUGCACUGGCUGCAGAAGACCAUGAAUCAGAUCCUGACGACCUAGUCUUCAACAUUCUCAAUGCUCCUGGCCCCCCUGGAAACCAAGGUCGGCAGGGCUACGUGAUGAACACAGAUGACCCCCUGGGCCUUCCAGUCUCCUUCUUCACCCAGAAGGAGCUGCGGGAGCUGAAAAUUGCCUAUCAACCUCCCACAGGGAGCUCAGAAGGGGACCACAUCUUCCAGCUAGAACUACAGGUAGAUGGAGAUGGUGACACCUGACCCUUUGCCUUCAUGGCGGUGGUGAAGUCUAAGAAUGCUCCGGCUCCGAUGACUAGCUACAAUGGAGGACUUCUGGUUUUUGAAGGCCAGGCAAGGCCCCUUUCCAAUGGCCAAAGCUUUGAGGUCAGUGAUAAAGGUAAUUAAGAAGAAAUAAGAAUUUCUGCAGUAAGAGGCUUGCAACAUGGACAGCUGGUGGUGCUUAGGGCACCUGAGGGGUGUAAGUAUUUCACACCAGCAGACCUAAGGGCAGGGCACAUGGUGGACCAGCAUGAUGGCAGUGACUCUUACAGCGACAACAUCAUCUUCAGGAUGGAGGAUGGGCAUCAUCAGGUGUAUCUCCUCUUCCCCAUCACUAUCGUGCCAGUAGAUGAUGAGCCACCAGUGGUCACCACCAGUAUAGGACUCUCAGUGACUGAAGGGCAGGUGGUCCAGACAUCCCCCAUUGUCUUGAGUGCCACAGAUGUUGAUUCCAAGGACUCAACUAUACUCUUUGUGUUAGAAGACCAACAUCUGGAAGGAAAACAGGAAGAGAGGAGUGGGGAUCUGGAUCAGGCUCCUGAUUCCUUCAACUCAAGCCAGCCCUCUGGCAACAUGCUGCUGAGGCAGGCUGAACCCACUUUGUCCUUUCUGCAGAGUCACUGGCACUAUGUGGAAAGAGAGGGGCUUUAUGAGAAGGUGGUGACUGAGUGGCUGCAAAAGGACAUAAUGAAAGGGAGACUUUUCUUUUCCCAUGCUGGACCACACAUCCCUCAGUCUAUCGCCCAUCUGGAUUUCCAUGUGCAAGAUGACCAUGACCUACCAAAUCUCUCAAAGCAGCACUUCUUCACUAUCAGUAUCCAGCCUGCAGAUAAGCUCAGUCCUCAGCUGUAUCCAGGAACUACCCUAAAAAUGAUUGUGCAAGGAUACCAGCUCACUUGCUUCUGGAAGAAAUUCCUCCACUAUGUUGACCAGAAUUCAGAUGACCAGAACCUGUGGUACACCCUACUGACACCACCAACUGACACUGACAGCAACCACCAAGUCCAGGCUGGAGAAAUUGUGCUCACUGAUUCACCAAAUAGACCCAUUACUCAAUUCACCCAGGCCCAGGUCAAUCAUCAAAAAAUUGCUUAUCAACCUCCACAGAAGAAUCUGGGCAUUAUACCUCGGGUUGUGCAAUUCAGCUACCAGGCAGAAGAUGCUGCAGGCAAUGGUAUGCCAGGUACAUUCACAUUAUUCCUGCAGCCUUUGAACAACCAGCCACCAAAAGUCAUCAACAGGGGCUUUGCUGUCUUCCAGGGAGGCAGCUUUAUUCUCAGCAGCAGUGAAUUUGAUGUCAUAUACCCUGACACAGAUGUUGAUCAAAUUUUCUUCAUUUUAGUCUGGGGCCCCCAGCAUGGACACUUGCAGUACUUUAAAAAAUAUAUGGUUUCAGGGGACUCUUUCAUGCUAGCUGAUAUUAUUGAUGGGAACAUCUCUUAUCAGCAUAGCAGAGACCAAACUACCCAUGACAUCUUCCACCUGGAGGUAAGUGAUGGGGUGCACCAUAUACCCAUCACUGUCCAGAUUUCUGUGCAGCCCAUAGUGGCUGAUGAAAGUCCCAGGGUCUCUACCACAGGUUCUCCAAUGUUGGCUAUUUCCAUAGAUGUGUUUGAUGCAGCUACUGGGAUCACCAUGGAUGUUAAUCGUGGCAGAAAGGACACAAAGGAUUUAAUGCUAUCUUUCAUUGUGGAGGACAAGUCUAAAUUGGGUGCUAUCCUGAUGAAUGGUCUUCCUGCAGAACAAUUUUCCCAGGAGGACCUCAUUGGUGGGGCAGUAACCUAUGUCCACACUGGAGGUGAAGUUGGCUUCCAAAAGGUGCAUGAUGCUUUCAGCCUCAUCCUUGACAAAGAUUCUUAUUGCUGGUCCAUGGGGGACAACAUACUGGAGAGGGUGCUAGUGCAAGUGUCAGUGCUGCCAGUGGACAACAUGGCCCCCAAGGUCUUGGUGGGAGAGUCCUUCAUUGUGUAUGAAGAUGGGAAGAGCCUCUUGACUACACAACAUCUCAACGUUGAAGAUUUGGAUGCUCCCAAAGAUGAAAUCCUUUACACUCUGACUGGUCAGCCAUCCUCUGGCUACCUGGAAAACUCAGCACCAGCUCCUGGUUCAGAAGUGUCACCGGUUGGCAGCCCCAUCAGUGCCUUCUUCUUCAAGGAUGUCCAAGUUGGGUGCAUCGAUUAUGUACAGAGUAUCCAUAAGGGGGUAGAACCAGAAACAUUCUCCUUUUAUUGCUCUGAUGGCAUCAACUUCUCCCCAGAUGUCCUCCUCCCUCUGACCAUCCUGCCCACCAAUGAUGAGCAGCCUGAACUUUUCACCCAUGAGUUUGUGGUAUUAGAGGGGAUGAGCCAGGUCAUAGACACCCCACUGCUCAAUGGAAUAGAUGCCGACCUCCCACCAGAUAAGCUCCACUUUCAACUCACCGCCCUCCCCCAGCAUGGACAAAUCAUACAGCAGCUGACCACGGGCAACAAGCCCAUCCACAGCUUUACCUUGCAGGAGAUCCAAGAGGCCUCCUCCAUUGCCUAUGAGCACGAUGACUCAGAGAGCACAGAGGACGGCUUUGAGGUCUGGCUGAGUGACGGCAGGCACACUACUCACAAAAAGGUACCCAUCAUUGUAAUUUUGGUAGAUGAUGAGGCGCUUCAGCUGACCAUCAGUGAUGGGCUGGAAGUGGGAACUGGACACACUGAGAUCAUCACAAACCAUAUGCUCAAAGCCAUAGAUCUUGACUCGGAUAACAAGGGUCUCCCUUUUGUUCUCUGUUCUGAGCCUCAGCAGGAGCUCCUACAACGACUGAGGAAGCCAAAAGGAGAAGUGAGGAACAACCUCACCGUAGGAAUGAAUUUCACCCAGGAUGAAACUGACAGAGAACUUAUCUGUUAUAUCCACACAGGCCAGGAGGGGGCUGUUGAUCUCAAAUUUGAUGUGACUGAUGGAGUUAACCCUUUGAGGGACCGCUAUUUCUAUAUCACCAUUGGCAACUCAAACAGCGUCCCCCCUGCAGUUGUCAGCAAAAGGCUCACCUUGACAGAAGAUGGCAGAGUGACCCUCACCACUGAACUGUUUAACAUCAGUGAUAGCCAGAGCCCUGGUGAGGAACUUCACUAUAACAACACACAAGCUCCUAGCAUGGGCUACUUGGAAAGCUCUGACCAGCAUGGGGAGCCCAUGGCUUCUUUUACUCACGUUGAACUGGCUGGCAACAAGAUAUCCUAUGUUCACAUUUCAAAGGAUGAGAUAAAGAUGGAACUCUUUGAGCUUAGAGUAACUGGCAGACACAACUCUGUGUUCAGAAUCUUCAGGAUAUUCGUCACAGAUGGGGACAAUAAGAAACCCACCUUGACCAUCCUAACACUGGCACUGCAAAGAGGGGACAGCACAGAGAUCACUCCUUUCCAGUUGACAGUGGAAGAUGAGGAUACUCUAGAUGAUUUUGCUGUUUUUGCCAUCACCCACCCCAUCCAUGGCAGGAUUCUGUAUAAUGGUAGUCGUCCUGUGACCACUUUCACCAAGAAGGACCUGACUGAGAACCUGAUUCUCUACUGUCAUGAUGAAAGUGAGACAUCUGAUGACAGUCUCUCCUUCGCCGUGACUGAUGGCACUCACACUGGGUUCUAUGUCUGCCCAGACACUGCCCUGGAGAUGCAUGCACCUCAGAUAUGGAUCCAGAUAAUUCCCCUUGGCAACUGGCUCCCACAGAUUGUCAUUAACAGGAGAGCCACAGACUUGAAGGUCCUUCACACUGGACACCUGGGUUUCCUCAUUACUAACAAGUAUCCACAAGCAGACAGUCAGGAUGGUUCUCACAGACUCCUGAAGUAUAAAGUGACCAGAGGACCUGAGCAUGGCUACACUGUCAACACUGGCACUGGAAACAAGAGUGCCCACAUGUUCACACAAACUGACAUUGAUGAGCUGCGGGUUCACUACAUCCUGAGCAGGGGCAGCAGAGUGACAGAGGACUCCUUCUACUUCUCUGUUGAAGCCAGAG